CAAUGAUCUCGGUGACGAUCGCUCUUUCCCGCCAACAGCACCCCAUCAAUCCCAUCGAUAUGACUUCCCCGGCCGCUCACAACUUGCACGAACAAAUGCACACUGCCGCCGCAUCUGCUGAUUGUUCCCAUCCCCGCCUUCUGCCUGAGCCCCCCCCCGCCGGGAUCCCUUCCGCCGUCUGCUGGCGACAUUGCCAGAACCCGCUCGAGCGACCCAGCGGGGCCCAGAGGUCGCUCGUGCUGCCCGUCCCUAUGCUCCCCUCUUUCCUCACACCCGCAACGGCGUCGACACAUUCGUGUGGACGUCAUCCGGAAUAUUUCAAGCGGCCGUCUCGCUGCCGCCAGUGCUUUGGCCGCUUUUGUGCUUGAAUCAUCUCUCGCUCUAUCCAUCUCUCGCUCUAUCCAUCUCUCGCUCGGUCAUCCUCGCUUGCCUAUCAUGUCCCUCGAUUCAUGGACCGUGUCGGACAUCAAAUCGGCAAUGUGGCAGAUCGUCACGACGCUCGAGGGCCAUUCCAAAAGCAUCCAGCUCAUCAAUGACAUGGCCGAGAAUGCCAACAUGCACAUGAUCAACUUCCUCGGCGUCGUCACCAUUGGGCUGGUCGGAGGCGUCCUGAUCUUCCUGAACGUCAAGGGAGACCUGCUUUCGGACGUGUUCUGUUAUAUCGGGCCAGCAUACUGCUGCAUUCUCGGCGCCGACAAGAGCGACGCAAUCUUCCACAAGAAAUGGCAUGUCUACUGGGUGGUGCUCGGAUUCCUUCAUCUGAUCGAGUACGGCAGCGGUCUGGUGCUCAAGGCCCUUCCGCUCUACUACUUUUUCAAGACGCUGCUGCUGCUCUAUAUCGCCAUGACCCCCGAGGGUGCGGCAGGGGUCUACGAAUGGCUAUUGAAGCCCAUCGCUCCCGCCAUCGAGGGUGCUCUCGGCAUCGGCCAGGUUGUGCCUCCCAUCGCACCGGCAGCAGAAAAGUCGGACGGCACAGAAGCUCCACCGGUAUCUGCUCCUUCGCCGGCUGCCAAAGCUGCCGAGGGUGAUUCCAAAUCGAUCAAGGGUGCUUUCAAAAAGUGGAUAUCCCAGUGAGAAUAUAGAAUGGAGGAUGCAGAUGGAGAAUGCAGGAUGCAGGAUGGAGGGUGUGGUAUCCCGCCGUUUGUUCGCGGCGUGGAGCAGAGGUGGGAGCAGCGGAUAUCCUGAGCUCUUUGGAGUCAAAGGACACCUUUGUGCUUGGAUACUGAAUACAGUCAAUCCAGAAGAAA